AUGGCGUCGCUUCUAGAUGCGAAUUACGACUCGAGUGACGAUGAUGUUAAGGGCGUAGCGUCAAGGUCAGCUCAUACGCAUGUGACGGCUGCCCCCGAUGUGCCAAUAGAGAAUGCUGUUGAUUUACAGCUUGCACUUGCGAAGCCCACGGAGAAUGCUCUUACAUAUAACGCGACCUUCGACCAGCUAACACGGCCAGCGGCUGGCCCUGCAAAUCCUUUUCGUUCCGCGCACGGGAUAAAGAGGAAGAACGUCUUGACCGGGAACGCGGAGGAAGUAAUGAUCAGCGAUGCGACUUUUACAACGCAACAUCGCACGUUUCAGAGCCUCGGAUAUACCAAGGACCCGAGUGUUGCUGGCGCAUAUGUCGGGAACAUGGAGAACGUGGCAUUAUUCGGGGGAAGGGAUGCGGUGCAGAUGCGGCCCUCGAAGGAAGCGAGCGCCGCACUGAGGAGAAAGAGGCAGAAGAAAGGCGAUUCGAGUAUUGUGGAGGGAGAGGGUGCAUAUUUAGGCCCCUGGGCGAAGUAUCAGAACGAGGAACAGGUCUACGAGGAAGAUUUGGCGGUGGCUGGGGAGGAGCUCGCGAGUGACGAGGAAUACGUUGAAGAGGAGAUUGUGCCUUCGAACAUGCCAGCCAUGGACAAGCGGGCUACCGAAUACCAGGAAGAUAUGUCGCAAUCAGAGACGACAGAAUUUCAUGGUGCGGAACAAUUCGACUACCAAGGACGAACGUAUAUGCAUGUUCCUCAAGAUCUGGAUGUCGAUCUCAAGAAGGAAGUGGGAAGCAUCAAGAAUUAUAUACCAAAGAAGUUGAUCCAUACCUGGAAAUCACAUACGAAGCCGAUUACGUCCAUACGUUUCUUCCCAUCUUCCGGGCACUUGUUGCUCUCGUCCUCUGCUGAUUCGAAAAUUAAAAUCUGGGAUGUCUACCAUUCACGAGAGCUGUUGCGGACUUAUUCAGGCCAUUCUAGUUCCGUCUCUGAUACCACCUUCCACCCCUCCGGAACCACUUUCCUUUCAGCGUCAUAUGAUCGACAAAUUAAACUCUGGGAUACAGAGUACGGAAAAUGCGUCGGGCGAUUCUCGACUGGAAAGACGCCUCAUGUCGUUCGAUUCAAUCCGGAUCCUAACCACUGGCAUGAAUUUCUUGCCGGAAUGUCAGACAAGAAGAUCGUGCAGUUCGACACACGAUCAGGAGAAAUCACUCAAGAAUAUGACCACCAUCUCGCUGCGAUAAAUACCCUUACUUUUGUCGAUAAUAACCGCAGGUUUAUUUCUACUUCCGACGAUAAAUCCCUCCGCGCAUGGGAGUACAACAUCCCUGUUCCCAUCAAAUUCAUUGCCGAGCCCUACCUAUACGCCCUUGUCCGUGCUGCUCCUCAUCCUAAUGGGAAAUAUGUCGCUUUCCAGUCUGGAGAUAACCAGAUUGUUGUCUACGCAUCAACAGAUAAGUUUCGACAAAACCGGAAAAAGAAUUUCCGCGGUCAUAAUAAUGCAGGAUACGCAAUUGACGUCGCAAUUAGUCCUGACGGCCAAUUUGUUACUUCUGGAGACAGCGGAGGCUAUGUUUGCUUCUGGGAUUGGAAGACGGGCAAAAUGUGGCAUAAAAUCCAAGCCGGUGGGAAAGAAGGCUCUGCGGUUACAUGCGUGGACUGGCAUCCCCAGGAAACCAGCAAGGUUGCCACGGCGGGAUUGGAGGGAGUUAUCAAGUACUGGGAUUAG